GGCGGGAAGCUGGUGGAGGUGCCGAAGCCCAAGUGAGCGACGAUGGAGAAUACUACGAGAAUGAAGGAAAGUGUGGUAGUGGCGAGCGCCGAGAAUAGGUUGGAGGAGCGGUGGACCAUAUGGAGUGGGAAAAGGUUGCGGCGAGCGGUGGGGUGGGCGGUGGCAGUGUGGGUGGUUCAGAAAUGGAAGACGAGGAAUUGGAAGACGAAGGAGGAGAUGCCGUUGUUUUAGGGGGGCUUAAUUCCAAGGGGAGAGGAAAACGGUCAGCGCAAUCGUCGUCGACGGCAGCUGCGCCUAAGAAGCAGGCUCGAAAGAAAGCUGUGGACGAAGCUCGGAUCACCUUGGAUGCAUCUCAAGGGACGCUUGGUGAAGCCGAUGUGAAAUGCAAAUCAAGUGCUCGGAUUUGCAAAACGUCACAACCCAAGAAGCCCGUGCGACCAUCAAGGCGCCAGAAAUCGGAUGACUCCAGCGACGAUGUUGAAGGGGUGGCCCCUCACUUGCUCUCCCUCCCUCACGACGACAAGCAGGAGACGAAGAAACCCUGUGCGGUCAACAUGACGCAGUGCUUCUUCCUCGAGUGCGACGAGUACAGCAAAAACAGAAGAGACCCGCCGAGGGUGGUCCUUGACAUCAUGCAGAUUCUUCGAAUUCCGGUAGCCACAGUGGGAGAUAUCGCCUUCAAUCAGCGAUCGCUGAACCCGACCAUCGUUGUAGGCAUCGAUGAGGCAAUCGAGGCAACAACUCGUCCAAGGUCCGAGGAUGACCUGGCUCCGUGGGAUCCACCGGAGUUGGUGCUGGCUCCGAUUAGGCCAUCCCAGGACGAGAACACCCAAGGGAUACGCGUCCUUCCAUAGGACUUCGAUCCCGAUAGGGCAGACAAGUUUUUCUAUUACCCGGUUGCCGGUCUACAUACUU